UCGAAGGAAUGUAUUGCUGAUAGCAAACCUCACUUCAGUUACUCUGGGUGUUACAAUUGGACUGCUGUGUCGUCCUCUGAACCCCUCUCCUGAUGCGGUCAGCCUCAUCUCUUUUCCUGGGGAGAUAUUUUUCAGAAUGUUGAAGAUGCUUAUUCUGCCCCUGAUGGUGACAAGCCUUGUUACUGGGCUAGCAAACCUUAAUGGAAAGUCUGCAGGCAAGAUCGGCCUGAUCACCAUCGGCUACUACAUCUUCACCACCAUCAUUGCCAUCCUCGUCGGCAUCAUCCUCGCCAUCGCGAUCAGGCCAGGUCAUGUGAUCAACAAUCACGUCAUCGCAGUCAAGUCUGUGGACGAUACACCAUCACAAUCUGCUAAAGAUGUGUUCCUGGAUUUAGUAAGGAAUAUCUUCCCCGACAACAUAGUACAAGCAACAUUCGAAAUGAGUGGUACCAUGUACGUGAAGAAGAUGGACAAACAAUCUCACAGGAACAAUGUCAUCCAAAAUGAUUUUGUCAAUGGAAAUCGGUCCAGCAAUGAUACAGAUCCAAAACCAGAUGGACCAUGGACAGCAACGUCCGUUUACCGGCCAGGAACAAACGCCUUAGGUAUAUUAUGUUACUCCGUAAUUUUUGGAGUUAUCCUCGGUCGACUUGGAGACAAGGGAAAGGUCGUUUUGCAGUUCUUCGUUACUCUAAACGAUAUAACCAUCCGAAUGGUAUGGCUUGUGAUGUGGUAUUCACCAGUGGGGAUAAUGUUUCUGAUAAUAGGGAAGGUGUUAUCUGUGGAGGAUCUGAUAAGCACGGCCCAACAGCUCGCAAUGUAUUUAACCACCAUCAUUGCUGGCGCCAGCCUCCAUGGUCUGGCAGUCUUACCUCUGUUGUAUGUUGCCUUAACCAAGAAGAACCCGUUCAGAAUCAUCAGAGGAAUGACACAGGCGAUCGUCACGGCUCUUGCAGUAGCAUCCAGUUCUGCCACACUGCCUGUAACUAUCCAAUGCUGCGAGGACAACCUGAAGAUGAACAAUGCCAUCACUCGCUUCGUACUUCCACUUGGGGCAACGAUGAACAUGGACGGAUCUGCACAGUUUUAUGUGGUAUCAGCAAUCUACGUCGCCCAGAUGCAUGCGAUAUCCCUGAAUUUCUUUGAGAUGAUUCUUCUGAGUCUAUGUGCAGUGUUGACAAGUGUUGGUGCUGCGGGAAUCCCAAACACUGCUAUAGCAGCAUUAAUGGUCGUCAUGGCAGCUGCCGGUCUGCCAAUUGAGAGCGUCUCUAUCCUGAUGGUGGUGGACUGGUUCCUGGGCCGGGUGCGCACAGUCGUAAACAUCAUCGGGGAUUGCUUGACAGCCGCCAUAUUGGAUCACUUCUUUCCACAAGCCGACGUUGACGUUGAAGUUGAGAUGGGACCAGAAAUAUCCCUCUGUACCUCUACCGAUGAACAUAACAGGACAGAAAUAGUGUAAUAUGUCUUUCCUGCUUAGCGGGUAUUGACGUCUAAUUCUGCGACGAUUGUGUAUGGUUUAAAGAGCAAAUUUACGCGGAAUUGAAAGUGUUUGUCUUGCACUUUUUCAACAUAAAAAGUGUUUUUCAAGUAGUUUCAUAUCCAAAACAGUAUAAAUAUCACAAGUAAAUAAUACAUUUUGGCAUUAUAUCGAAUUAUAUUCUGCACAUUUACCAAGAGUUCUAUGCUCAUAAAAACCACCAUGGCUUAUGCUCCUUGCAAUAUGUUGUCAUUGUGCUAAAUGAGAAAGAAUCAUAAGAUCUUAUUAGAUCCAAUUCACGUGGUGCAGCUACAGGUGUAUGGUUAUUUUUUCUCAAUGUGCAGCCUACCGUUUUAACUCUCAUGGUGUACCGAUCAGUGAUAAAACAUUAUUAUUUCUGCAAUACCAUAUUGUAUAACAUUCAGGUUUGAGUCUGUCUUCUUUGAAACAGUAUCUCAUGGUGUAUCGAUCAGUGUUACAACACUAUUAAAUAUGAAAUACCACAUUGUAUAACAUUCUAUUUGAGUCUGUCUUCUUUGAAACAGUAUCUUCUUUCAACAAAUCAUAAUCGUACGUGCACAAGUUUAUCCUUGUCAUUGGUGAAAUGUGCCAGAAGUUUAAAUUUGCUACUUUUCUACAUAAACCGUAAAAUAUAUGUCCCUCCUCUUUCAUAUCCAAAUACAUCACCAAUAUAAAUGCACUUCGCAGUUUUGAAAUUCAGUUUUGUAUAUCAUCCACUCAUACUUCGGAAAUCUCGCCAUUUUGACAAAAUACUAAAUCACCUUCCAUGGCAUUUCGGCGUAAUUGUGUGCUUUAAUCUAAUAUCGAAUAUUUACUGGGAAAAUUGAAAAAUGAAAAUCUAAUAUUACUGUGGUCACGGGUAUUCGUUGUUGUGAUCUUUGUAGCUUCGUAUUUAACACGUAGACCAUCACUUUUACAAACCAUAAUUGUACUAUGUUGAUGUGACAGUUUGUAAUAUGAUAUAUUAUA